AUGUCUGGAGCGGACAAAGAACGCGUCGCAAAACAGACUGCUGCCCUAGGCGGACAACCACUAUACUCGGCUUUUCUAUUUCCGACUAACUACGGUAUUGAGCACGGGCCCUUUUUGUCUGACGAUGAGCUGUGGGCUGAGAUGUCGCUGGCCUUGUUCAAAGUGCUAGAAGAUAUCCGCCUCAAAUUACGUUAA